AUGGGGAUCGAGGAGGACUGGAGAAGUACUGAUCUGAGGGCAGCAAGCAAAAAUGGUCUCGGUCUCUGUGAAACGUGGAAGGAGGUGCGUCACCGUUGUCACCGUUGCGGAGCGCAGCCUGACCAUUGCUUCCUGGGCUUUUCGGGCACCGGGGGACGAACAGUCUGGCUUCCACCCCGUCUACGUCGUCCAGCCCAACCACCAGUCAUCAGACCAGCUGCUGCAGUACAACAUCACAACUAUCAUCCUUCCGCUGAACGAUCGCCUCCAACCAAAUCUUCUCAUUCCCAAUCCUCUCAACCUUCGUCUUCUCGCUCCCGUCAAGUUAUUGCCCUAGCCAUGAUCUGCCGUUCAAUAACUCGCGACGAGAUGAAACCAAUGGUGCAGGAGGUCCUUGGGCCUCUAGGACAAAUCUCGGACGUUGAGAUUCUAUCAUUCGAGGGUCGAAGGUUCAUCAAUGUCGUCCUGCUCAUCACCUUCAAACGAUUGAGUCCAGCUCGAGAGGCUUGUUCGAAACGCCGGUUUCGGGUACCUUCGGCCUAUCACUAUCACGACUACGAUCCAGUCGUCUUCGAGAACACACCACAACGACAUAUUUCGUCGGAUACCGGCCCAUCCCAGAAGCCAUCUGAGAACUCGAAUACUCCCAGUCACUCCUCCGAUCAAGCCCCUCAACCUAUCUCCUCCCCCAAUAAUUCCCACCAUACUUCUGAGUGUCCACAAAUCGAGGAAACAGAUCAACUCUAUUCGAGCCCUGACCGCAAGCCAAUUAACGCCAAAGCCAACGCCGAAGCUGCCGAAUGCCCCCGGGAUGUCGGUGCCGAGCGGUGCCCCCUGAGCCGGCCAAACAAACCCAAACGCACUCCAUGUACCCACUCGCACAACCUGAACCGCCCUGCCGGCGUUGUCCGAUCGGGCUUGGUUUGGAGGCUGCGUGGAUGGCUGGACAUCGACAGAAGAUGGCACAUCGACAUCGACCAACCGCGCGCCUCUGCGAGUCUGCUGGUUGUCCUUGAUCCCAAAUCCUCUCUUCCUCUCAAUCCUUCACUUCAACCUUCUUGCAGACCAGCUGAACGCUAUACCUACGAUUCAAGCGGAAUAGCCAUGCUUAGACGCUCUUACUCUCGUCCGGAUCUCGCCUAUUCCCGGCCUGGAAUCGUCGAACGAACGGGUGGCAGCUAUGACUUGGGCGGUACAUGGCGACCAGCGAAUUAUGGGCCUUACACGCUGCGUUUCAACAAUCACGCAUACGAUCGCAACCUUCAUGCGUGUUAUUAUAACCUAGAGGAUGAUUAUUAUGGCUCUUACGGUGAUCUCCUUGAAUACGAGGCAGCCUUACGAAUGAAUCGACAGCUUACUGAGCAAGAACGUUUGCGACGCUGGCGAAUGCGAAUGGCGUUCGAAGAGCUAGAAGAGGCUGAGCGAAUGCGACGCUACCGAUCGAUGGCCCAUAGGGUGUUCGCACAGACCGAUCGCUUGCUUCUCGGCCUCUCCGAUCAUUCCUGGUGGGGAGAGCGUUACGGGAGCCACCCUUUUCAUCACCGCCCAGACUGGCGCAGCCGGUUUGCAAACAAGAUCCGAAGAUGGGACUCUAGCUUCCUCCCUCUUUCAUCCUCUCUCAGUAAUCGUUACGCACCCGUUUGGGCCGACUCGGGCAGUCUUGCUCUCAACAACGGCCGACAUUUGGACUCGCAAUUGCGCUACGCUCAGAACGGCUUUCGUAACGAUCAUCUGCUGGAUGCUGAACGCCGACUCGAUCAAGACAUCCGAUACCAAGAACUUAACAACACCGAAAGAAGGCUCGAAAAUCAGGAAGAGUACCUUCGAGAUCGAGUCGAAGAUAACAUCCUUCAUGAUCGAGAGAGAGCCCUGGAGAGCCAGAUGAUGGAUAAUGUGCUAUAUGAGCAAGAACGGAACUACGACAGAGACUUGAUGUACGAGCAGGACCGCCGUCUGGACCGGCUCGAAGGCGAAGAAAUGCUAUACGACCAAGAGAGAAGAUUCGAAAAUCGGCUCGAGGAGGAUGAGCUUUAUCGUGCGGAAAGACGUUUGGACGAUGAUGCACGCUACCUCGAAGGGACUGAAAUCCUAGAUUCCGACUUGAGAGACCCGGGCAUGGUGGAUUACGAUAGAUACCCAGACAUGCAGAUGGGUCUCGAUGAUGACUUGGCAAGAAGAGAAAUGGACGACGAUUAUCUCGAAAGGGAAAGGUUGGAGCGUGACUUGAUGUAUUGA